UGAAAACAUGAUAAAACAUACAUAUAUAUAUAUAUAUCGAUAUGAUUAUAUAUUAUAUAUAUACACAACAUGUUUAUAUGUGUUUAUUUUUGUGAUUCGGCUGGUGAUUUCGUCAUUGACAGUGGCCCGCUGGCGGCCAUUGCCGUCAGUAGGUCGUGGGCGGAUGAAGGAGCCAUUGGCUCCAGCGUGUGGUUCCACCCGGCGCGUCGGUCAAUUGUGCUCCCCAGGCAUCCAUGGCGAUUGACACUCAGACCAAUGGUGCAGAACCAAACAAGGAAGUCGAAGCAGCGCCAGGCUACGGUGAUGGGAGAGGCUACUGGAACAAAAGGUAUCGCAGUGAUCCUUCUCCUUUCGAGUGGCUUGAGAGCUUUGCAGAGCUUGAAAGCCUCAUCAAGGAGGCCACCUCUGGUAGAUUAGAUGCUUCGAUCCUGCACAUGGGAUGCGGCAACUCGUUGCUGCCCGAAGCAAUGUAUGACCAUGGCUAUAAGGACAUUACAAACAUUGACAAUGCAGAGGUUUGUGUGCAACAGAUGGCCGCGAGGAACAAGGACAUGCGGCCCGAACUGAAGUGGCUCGAAAUGGAUGCCACCUCUACAGGUUUGUCAGAGAGCAGUUUCGACACCGUCAUCGACAAGAGUGUUCUUGAUACAUUCGCUUGCGGUGAUAAUGCCUCUGAGGUCAUCAACAAGUACUUAUUGGAGGUUCAGAGAAUCCUCAGACCUCGCGGCACGUUUCUUUGCGUAAGUUACGGCGUUCCAAACACCAGGACGGAAUACUUCAAGGGAAAAGGCCUGAACUUUGCCAUCAAGCAGGUGCCGAUCCCCGUGAAGAUCCCAGGUGGCAGCGUACACUACGCUUACCUGUUGCGGAAGGGGGUCACUGCCAGGCCAUGAAGCUCGCCGAAGUGGCUUGCGAGGUUUUCGCGGAGUGGCUAACUCAGCCACCCCGGGCCUAAAUGCGGCACCUGAUAGUUAACCUGGGCCUAAAUUCGGCGCCAGAAUAGGCAUUUGCUAGUAACUGAUCCACUCAUCCAUUCUUUCAAUCUAG